GUGAUGUACUCGGAAGUGAAAUUAUGUAAGAAUAUAAACAAUACAAAGCACUAGUUGUGAGAAGUAAACAUUAAAAUGACAUUCGAGUCUAAUUAGGAAGAUGUAUAGAAACACUUAACUAAUAUUCAUUCUACGAUAUCAAGUAACUGUCCCUCGAGAAUUCUGAAAUAGGACAAGGGGAAUACUUGUUCACGUCACAUGACUUGAAAUUGAUUUCCAACCCAGCGGCAAAAGCCGGCUCCAAUACAUUUCGAUACAAUUCUUGUCCAUCAAUUCAGCAACUCCUUGACAUUAGAGAAGAUGUCUAAAACUGUUGUUAUAAAGUCAUCAGGGGAAUUCAGUAACUUACUGAAGACCUCUAAAAUUGUUGUGACAGAUUGUAAGCUACCCCGCGGAAAGCCCCUCCCAUUACAACUCUUUGCCCCUCCAACACUACAUACUACAAACUCUUAUUGCUCUCACUAAUCCUCCAUCUUACCACUAGUUUAUGCGGACUGGUGUGGACCAUGCAAAGCUAUUGCGCCUAUCUACGAGCAGCUUUCUGCACAGCUAUCUCGUCCAAACAAGAUUACAUUUACCAAGGUCAAUGUCGACAAUCAGACAGAGAUUGCUUCCACCUAUGGUGUCACUGCGUACGUCUUCCUUCAAUAGCACGUUUUGAAUAUUGGGGGAUUAAGCCACUAAGGAUUUCUAUAAGAAGCUAUUGCUGACACGAAUCCAACAGGAUGCCAACUUUCAUAAUCUUUAAGGAGGGCAAGCAAGUCGAGAAAGUCCAAGGUGCAGAUCCAAACAAACUACAAGAUAUUGUUAAGAAGUUAGCUGCAGAAGCAGACAAUUCAGGCGAUUCAUCGUCAGGAUUUGCAAGUGGUUCCGGCGAUUGGCGUACAGGCGCUUUACCAAAGGGUUACAGCGAUGUGACUGAUCAGGUUGAUAUCAAGGGUCUCGAACUGUUGAAUGCCGACAGUGAGUUCGGGGGUGUACGAACAUUGGUUGACAUAAACAAGCCUAGCACUUUGUCGAAGGGAAAGGAAGCAGAUUCGCAGGUUAAGGACUGGGUUGUCAGUGAUACGGAUGAGCAGCUUAUGUUGUUCGUGCCAUUCCAAUCUACGUUGAAGGUUCAUACUGUUCAGGUUAGAGGCAUCCAUCAGUUGCGCAAAUCUCUCAAGUAUUAGUGCUAACCUUCAAUUCUCCAGAUCACUUCCCUACCUUCAGCAACUGAUGACGAGGACGACGAAGAAGAAGUGCCAAUGCGACCAAAAACCAUCCAAAUUUACACAAACCGAGCUCACAUUGUUGGUUUCGACGAGGCUGAAGAUCUUCCUUCCACACAAACUAUUACACUGGAAGCUAAUGACUGGGAUUCAACUGGCACUGCUACAUUAUCGCUUCGCUUUGUCAAGUUCCAAAAUGUUACAAGCUUGGUUUUCUUCAUCGUUGAUGGUGACGGAGAUGGAGAGAAAGUGCGCAUUGAUCGAAUUAGAAUUAUUGGAGAAACUGGUGAAAAGCGCGACCCAGGAAAGCUGGAGAAGAUUGAUGAUGGCCAUUAAGGGUUAACGAAGUAUGAUUUUUUUCUAUGACGAUGAGCGUUACAGUUACAUGAUGAUAGGCAUAGGAUGGCGUUAGCAGAUGUGCCUUUUUGUGGUGCUUUUGUUGUGCAUGGCAUUUGAUAUCAAUGAGGUUUAUAAACACUGUUAUGAAAAUAAUUUUUCCUUUCCAAAGGACCUCUCACGUUGACAGUCACGAUUACAAAUGGCUAGGAAUAAUUUAGAGUAAGACAUAAGAUUAAGUUAGGUAUGUUUAAGUAAUAUUGUUCAAGUAAUAUUCCGCCCACACGGGAUUUGUGAAGGUAAAUCAGACAAACCUUACCCAAGAGCAACCUGCACCCUAAAAUCUCAUCAGACAAUUGUGACCGUUCAACGCCUUUUCCACUCCACCAACUCUGUCUCCAGCUAUUCAAGAACCAACAUAAUAAAAACAAAGAAUGUCCGAACCCUCUCCAUCCUCUCACCCACCAACCGUUAUCCGUUGGGCCCUUUCAGACAAACCGACGAACACAGCCUGGAUUCGCGAAACGAAGUUUCGAAACCCGCGGAAAGAGGUGAAAGAGAGAGCAUCGGCUGCAAUUGGGAUCAAUCUAUGGUACCAUUGACACUCGUUUACAUCAUGGCGGAGAAGAUGCGCGAAAAACACGAGGUACCAAGCCGCACUUAAAAAAUAAGUUGAAGAA